GCUCCAUUGAAGAAUCAUUCAAAGUACGUAGAAAAGGCUUACCAGACACUCUCACACAUCCACAGUGGUGUUGUAGAUUCACUUUUUCCAAGGAUCAUGGGUGCAGAAACAACAAAGGAAGCAUGGGAUACUUUGAAAAUUAAGUUUCAAGGUGAUCUAAGAGUGAAAGACUUGGUGAACCAAAUCAAGGAAAAUGGUGGUGAGUUUCCAGACAAGAGGGUCGUUGAGAAGAUCAUGGUGAGUGUUCCAAACAAGUUCGAGUCCAAGAUUUUAGCCAUUGAAGAAACUUGUGACUUGGAUACAAUGACUAUUAAUGAGCUCAUCAACAAGUUGAAAGCUCAUGAACAAAGAUUGACUCUAAAAAGUCAAGUUGUUGCAACUGAAGUUGCGUUCCAAGCAAGACAAAAAAGAAAGCAUGUAGCAACAAGUUCAAAUUCUAAGUCCUCCUAUGAUAGCCUUGACAAAGGGAAUUUGGUUGAAACACAAACUCAACCAGUAAACUACUCAGAUGAUCAACAAGGUGAAGAUCACUUGUUCUUGGCUGUUCAAGGGAGUUCUACCUCCUCAAAAGAUUUUUGGUAUGUGGAUAAUGGCUGUAUUAGUCACAUGGCGAAAAAUGAAGAUUACUUCAUAGAGAUUGACAAGUCCGUGAAGACAAGAGUCAAGUUAGGCAAUGGUUCAAUGGUGCAGACACAGGGGAAGGGAACAAUUGCUGUACAAAAUCCUUCAGGAGUUAAGUGGGUGUAUAGAUCAAAGUUAAAUGUUGAUGGUUCUUUGAACAAAUACAAGGCUAGGCUUGUGGUUAAAGGGUAUGCACAGCAACUUGGAGUUGAUUUUGGAGAAACAUUUUCUCCAGUAGCUAGGCAUGAUACUAUAAGGCUUCUCUUGGCCUUAGCUGCUCAAAAGAAAUGGAAGUUGCUAGUCUCUCUCUAUGUUGAUGAUCUUUUAGUGAUUGAAGGAGACACUGAACUCCUUCAAAAAUUCAAGGCUUUCAUGCAAAAUGAAUUUGAAAUGAUAGAUUUGGGAGAGAUGAAAUAUUUUAUGGGAAUGGAAGUGAUGCAAUGCAGCAAUGAAAUCUUUGUCGCACAAGAGAAAUAUGCCAAGGACAUUCUUAGGAAGUUCAGAAUGGAUAAAUGCAAGCCAAUUGCCACUCCUCUUGCACAGAAUCUAAAAUUGUCUAAGGAUGAUGACAGCUUGAAGUGUAAUGCUUCAUUUUACAAAAGUUUGAUUGGGAGUUUACUCUAUCCUACAACAACAAGGCCUGAUCUUAUGUUUACUGCCAAUCUGUUAUCAAGGUACAUGACUUCUGCAUCUCAAACUCAUUUCAGUGUUGCUAAAAGAGUUUUGAGAUAUGUAAAUGGAACUGUUAAUUAUGAAAUUAUGUAUAAGUCUACAAGUGAUGGUUCUUUGCAAGGCUAUGUGGAUAGUGACUGGGCAGGAUGUCCUGAUGACUCAAAGAGCACUAGAGGAUAUGCUUUUUCAUUUGGUUCAAGGAUGUUUUGCUAGAAUUCAUCCAAGCAGGAACCUGUAGCACAGUCUACAGCAAAAGCAGAAUAUAUUGCUGUUGGAGUU